CCAUCUUUUUCAUCUUUCACAUUCUUUCAUUUUCACUCACUCCCUCCAACUUCAAUAACUAUGAAGAAAGUUGUGUUGAAGGUGGAUGUACAUGAAGACAAAAUCAAGCAAAAAGCAAUGAAGGCUGUCUCUGGAAUUUCAGGUGUGGAGUCAGUUUCUGUGGACAUGAAAGACAAGAAAUUAACCUUAACGGGGGACAUUGAUCCAGUACAAGUAGUUGCCAAGCUAAGGAAGUUCUGUCACACAGAAAUAGUUUCUGUUGGAGCAGCGAAAGAGGAAAAAAAGGAAGAACCUAAAAAGGAUGAUAAAAAGAAGGAAGAUGAAAAGAAAGAUUCCACAAAAGAAAUUGUUCCAGAUCCACUCAAGUUCUAUCAAACUUAUGGCUAUUAUUAUCAGAUGAAACCACAAUACAAUCCAUAUUACAGUGCCAUAAGUGUGGAAGAGGAUCCCAAUGGUUGUGUCAUUGUCUAAUUUUGUUGUUACGAUGGACUCAAAAAAUGAAUA